UUUAAUCGUUAAAAUGUUUAAACUUUAAUUUUAAACUAAUUCUUCGAUUGGUUCAAUAUUUACACAAACUAAUCAUGAUUUAAAAAUAAAAUAUAUACUGUUUUCUUUAAAUUUAUCAUUUUUAAAUUAUAAUAAUAAAAAAUCCUUCUGGUUUCUUUUAUAAGAUUUCAAUCAUAGCAUUUAAUGUUUUCUUAAAAUAUCCAUUAACACAAUGAUAACAAGCUGACAUCUUAAAUUAUUUUAAAAGAAAUAUUCUAUUUUUAUUGAAGUAAUUUACAGUUCCCUCUCUUUUUUUUUAUUACCUUUAAUUACUUGAACUUUUUAUUACACUAAUAAAAUUAAACACUGUUAUAAUUAAAAUAAAGCAACGUGUUAUGCACUGAAAAAUUUGUACGAAUGUUUUCCCGCCUUGCUCAUUAGGCCUGACUAAAGCAAAACAAUGUCACGCCAUUCACAGAUUGUUUUUUUUAUAAUUAUAAUUAAAUUAUAACAAAAUUUUAUGAAUAUUGUUUUCGAUCACUUUAAUUAUAUGGAAAGGUUUGCAUAGAUUGCUAGAUAAAAUUGUUAACAGGAACCAAUUCUAAAAAGAUAAACUUUUUCAAUUUAUUUUUUAAUAUUUAAAAUAAUGUACUAUUUACAAUACAUGAUACUUGAAUAUAAAUGUAAUAUUAAUUACUCAUACAUUAGUUUCAUACAUUAUACAUACAAUGAUAUAAUGAGAAACAAUGCCUUCAUGUCUGCAUAAUGUUUGCAUUGAUUGAUUGUUUUUUAUAAUAAUCAACUUUUUGCUUUUGUUUACAAUUUUUGCUGUAAACAUAAGCAAUGUAAACCACAACUAAGGUGAAAAGAAUAAAAAAGAAUAUGAGUGAACUAGAAAUAAAAAUUCAAAACACGUUUGAAAAUUUACAUCAUAUUAAAAAAAAAAAUCAAAGAAGAAAAAAUGAGAGAACAGAACGCUAUAGUUGAAUCAAGUUGCUGUUCCGUGUUCGUAACUCCAAAAGUCGUAAAACUCAAAACAUUACCUGGUCCCCUCCCUCAUACACCUGUCACAGCAUUCCAGUGACGUCACAUGUCACAUGAUAAUACACCUUAGCAACGCCGACGACGCCGCGCGAAACGGUGGAACCAUUCAUUCUUCAAAAUGGCGGCAUUCGAGCAGGUUUCUCGUCUGCUCUAAAACUUGAUACAUAGUGAAAUUGUGUUAAAAAAAAUACUUCCCAACCUUGGAUUAUAAAUUUUUUUACUGAGGAUUACACACAAGAACAUGGUGUUGCUUCCGGAAAGCAAUGAGCUGAGUCUGGCGGACCUGCGCCAGAUGGCGGCCCGGCAGCAGCACCAAAUUGAAGCCCAUCAGCAACUAUUAGUCGCCAAAGAGCAACGCUUGAAAUUCCUGAAGCAACAAGAAGCUCGACACCAUCAGGGACCGAAUACCCAUGCCCAAGAAGGGGACAGAUUACGGUAUUUGAGAGAGAAAGUGGAAUUGCAAGAGUUGAAACUUCGGCGACUAAGGGCGCUUAGAGGACAAGUAGAACAGCAUAAAUCAAAUAAUUCCAAUCUAGGUGCAGAAUUGGAGUCCAUUCGAGCUUUGUUUAAUGAAAAAGAAAAAGAGCUUUCAAUGGCGGUGGCCAAAGUGGAAGAACUUACUCGCCAACUAGAGGAAGUUAGGAGAGGCGAUGUAACGAGUCUUAAGCAUGGUACAUCCCCAUCGCCGGCUGCACUUGAGUUUCAAAAGCUUAAGAGGGAAUUGCUGUAUCGGUCCAAAUUGAAUGAGCAACAAAAUGCAAGAAUUGCGCAGCAAAGAGAAACCCUUGCGAGGCGACAGUCAGAAAUAUCCCAAAUGGACCAGCGAAUUGCAGAGCUUCAACAACGUUUGCAACGCAAGAGACUCCUCAACCAACAGCUCAGCAGCCAACUGCACGCUGCAAGUCGUACUCGCCCUCGCCCCAACAUAGCUGCUGUCGAACCCCUUAAACGCGCUGCUCAAGAUGUCGAACUUAUAAAAGAUGACCUGAAAGUGCCCAGUGACACUGAAUUCACGCCUAAUAAAAAGGAUCCUAAAUAUCAAACUCUUCCUUAUAAUACGAAGUUUCCCUUAGCAGGAAAUGGAGACAAUAAUCAAAAAUCCCAUUUGGUGAAUGGAACUGAUGAGAAGCAUUCUCACCAAAAUGGUGGACCGCCUCCUUAUCCUGAACCCCCCAGUGUACAUUCUCCCCCAAAUAAACCUUUACCUCCACGUGGUCUGGGGGCUUUAUCGCCCCGGCCUUUUAUUUCGAACUCUAGCGGGUCAACGAGGGGCCUGCCGCCUAGAUUAGCCACAACUAACAGCAGUGGAACUAUUUCAUCGAGUAACAAUGUAAUUACAUCACAACCUAAACCUAACUCAAUCGGACCUCCUAGCACAGCGAGAUCCAAAACCCCAGUGAGUUUCAAUAAUCAUCAGGUAAUACUUCCUCCUACUGUCAUGACAUCUGGGCAGCCUGGAAUACAGAGAACGAUACCACAAACACCAGUUAGGCAGCACCCUGCUCCCAGCUAUAGCUAUGCUCGUGCAAGGAGCAAUGAAAAUGCAAACAAGCCAGCUGUUCCUCCAAAACCUGGGACUCCAAGUAAACCGGUACCUCCUCCACGCCAAAUCCAUGGUGCUUUAAAUAAUUUGCCAAAAACAGAUUCUGUGGAUCAAGCAAUAUCCGUUCUCAAAGGGGACAUCAGGACCUCUGAUGGGCAAAGAGUUGUGACUCAAGUUCCUCCGAUCAGCAAUCACCAUCGCCUAGCACCCUCCGUGUAUAACCACCAUCUUCAUCAGAAAACUACAUCAGAUAAUUCUGACUCAGGUACAUCGCUUAACGGAGAGAUCGAGGCUCGCAGCUCACCACAGAAUCGUCUUCCAAUCAAUGGCAAUAAUUCAUCGCACUCUGCAGAAACCAACAAUAUGCACAUAUCAUUGAAUCGCCGCAUAGGAUUGCCGCCAGCAUUUUAUUUCCCCGAAAAUCAGACGCCGCCAUCGGAUCUCAAUGGAUCGGAUUCAUCCCUCAACUCAAAGCGCCGACCUUUCACACAGGACAGCAAUCAGCACCUAAUACUGGAGGUACAGACUUCUGAAAAUGAAAUGAAUUCUCCUAAGACACCAUUGCAACUCAACUGCUCCUUAGACAAAACCAAAGAUCUAGAAAUAAAACCACCCUCUCCAGAUUCACCGUCUGAUCACAUUUCCUUGGGUAGCAGUUCCAUCCAGUCAUCAUCUUUGUCACCUGAUUCGACUGAUCGAAGUGUUUCUGACAUCGAGCAGUUUUCAGACAGACCAUCAGGUGGCGUUGCGAUGCGGAGGAAGAAAGGCAAUUUGAAAUCAAAAGGGUCUGUCAAAAAUCCUCGUCGUGUCAGCUUUGAUCCUUUGGCCCUCUUGUUAGAUGCCGCUCUUGAAGGAGAAUUAGAACUCGUCAAGAAAACAGCAAAAGAAGUUCCAAAUCCAAGUGCAGCAAAUGAUGAAGGCAUCACAGCCCUUCAUAAUGCCAUUUGUGCUGGACAUCUUGAAAUUGUUAAAUUCCUCGUGGAGUUCGGAUGUGAUGUCAAUGCGCAAGACAGUGAUGGAUGGACUCCCUUGCAUUGUGCUGCCUCUUGCAAUAAUUUAGCAAUGGUGAAGUACUUGGUAGAGAGGGGAGCGUGUAUAUUUGCUACAACUCUUAGCGAUCAUGAAACGGCCGCUGAAAAGUGUGAGGAAGAUGAAGAGGGUUUCGACGGAUGCUCAGAAUAUUUGUACAGUAUGCAAGAGAAGUUGGGUAUCUUGAACGGUGGUGUUGUGUACGCUCUGUACGACUACGAGAGUCAAAACAGUGAUGAGCUCUCCUUCCGUGAUGGUGAUCAGCUCGUGGUGUUAAGGAAGGGAGAUGAUUUGGAGAGGGAGUGGUGGUGGAGCAAACACAACGACAGGGAAGGAUAUGUGCCAAGGAACCUACUUGGUCUCCAUCCCAGGGUUACUGUGAAAAGAGAUCUAUAACCCACAUUUUCAAUAACAUCUCUUAACUCUCAAGGUCAUUUGAAAGUCAUAGAGAUGUCAUCAUGAGCUUCCACACAUCAGCUAUACAGUAGAAAGGAGGUCUUUUGGAACACAGCAUUUCAUCACAAGUUUCAUCCAGCUCUCAAUGAGAGCUCGAUAGAAAUGCUUCAUUCAUUCUGCUUUCAAACCUCUCGCCUAGUGCUUGCUAGGGAAGAAGAUUGUUUGUGGCUUGCGUUUUUAAUCUAAGUGCAAUAUAUUGUUUUCUAAAAGUGGAAAAAUUAUUUUAUUUUAUUUUAAUUAUGCCUGUUUUUACAAAAUGUAUUUGCAAAUAUUAUCAGCCAUUUGAAAUCUGAAAAAAAUAUAUCGUAUUUCCAAUUAUAAAAAAUAUAUAUAUAUCAAGCAUCUAUAAAAAUCAUAUUUUGUAUUGCAUAUUCCUCAACUUGAAUAAUCCAAGAAAAAAUAAUUUAUUUAACUUAUGAAAUUCAUAUCAAUAUAAAAAAUAUUUUCGUUAGCUUUAUAUAAGUAUUUAAAAUUUUAGGAGAGUCUUAUCAAUAAUUAAAUACAACUUGCGAGAAUCAUAUCAAUAUCUCAGACAAAACUGAUAAGAAUUCUAUCAAUAUCUAAAAUGUAACUAAUAGCAAUCAUAUCAAUGCAUAGAGCUAAACUUCUGAGAAUCAUAUCAAUAUCUAAGACAAAACUGAUAAGAAUUCUAUCAAUAUCUAAAAUGUAACUAAUAACAAUUAUAUCGAUGCAUAGAGCAAAACUUCUGGGAAUCAUAUCAAUAUCUAAGACAAAACUUCUGAGAAUCAUAUCAAUAUUUAAGACAAAACUGAUAAGAAUUCUAUCAAUAUCUAAAAUGUAACUAAUAGCAAUCAUAUCAAUGCAUAGAGCAAAACUUCUGAGAAUCAUAUCAAUAUCUCAGACAAAACUGAUAAGAAUUCUAUCAAUAUCUAAAAUGUAACUAAUAACAAUCAUAUCAACGCAUAGAGCAAAACUUCUGAGAAUCAUAUCAAUAUCUAAGACAAAACUGAUAAGAAUUCUAUCAAUAUCUAAAAUGUAACUUAUGGCAAUCGUAUUCAUACAAAAACCGAAACUUAUGAGAAUCAUAUCAUUAUCUAAGAUAAAACUGAAAAGAAUUCUAUCAAUAUCUGAAAAUUAAUUUAUGAUAAUUAUAUCAGUAUCGAAAAAAAAUCAUGAUAGUUAUAUCAAUAUCUAAAAAACAACUUAUGCAAAUCAUAUCAGUAUCACUACUUAAGAUAAGUGUAUCAAUAUUUUUAACAAAACUUACUGAAACCAUUUCAAUCAUAGCAUAUAUGUUUAGUAUGUUAAACUAGACAUUUGCAAACUCAAAGCGAUUCAUUUUACAUAUGAAAUUUUUAUAAGUUUUUCUCAUAACAUAUAAAUUUUUACAUAAUUUAGUUAUCUGAUUGAAAAAGAUUUUAUGAGUAAAAAUCAUUGCAAUCUAUCAUUUAAUUUCCUGUUGUAUUAAAAGAUUAUUCUCCAUUUCUGCUUGUAUAGCGUUAUGUGCUUGUUUGUAAAUAUUGAAGUUUUUGAAUUGUUUACUAUAGGGUGAAAACAUUGCAAUACUGUUGAAUAAAGAGAACUGAUUUAUGAAGAAAAAUCAAAAUUUGCAAUCACGUGCAAACAUUUUAUUUGUUAGUAUCAUAUACUUUAAGUACAAUUACUUUAUUAAAGGUUUAUUAUUGUGAAUUUUUUAAAUUUAAAUAAAUGUAUGCAUGAAAUUAAAGUGUAAGAUAUGUUAUGUAAAGUAAAUCUCUUAAAAAUCAAAAGGGAUCUUUUAUGUUGAUUGAAUUCUUUGUUGUGUCUAUUUUUUUUGUAACAUAUCAGUGUGAAAGUGUAAUUGUGAUGUGGUUAUUUGUUUUCUAUGUCUCUUGUACAGCUUUUAACAGAUGGAAAGUUUAUUUCACUCAUGUAUAUACAUCGCUGAUAAGUUUAUCAGAACAAAUAUUUUUAUACGAACCUCUAAUGGCUGAACUAAACUGUACAGAGAAAUGUUUAUGAAUAGCUUUUAUGGGUAUUCCGUCCACUUUUUAUAAAGUGCUGAAUAAAGUAUUUAAAAAUCA